AGCAAAAAUUACAGGCAAGAUGGCGACUUCGGAGCCGAGAGGACCUGAAAGUGAAGAAGGCUCAAAUGAUAGUUCUACACCAGCUGUUGUCAAUCCUGAACAGUACAUUAAACACCCUUUGCAAAACAGAUGGGCUCUCUGGUAUUUCAAAAAUGAUAAGAGCAAAAGCUGGACAGAAAACCUGCGUCUGAUCUCCAAGUUUGACACAGUGGAAGAUUUCUGGGCAUUAUAUAACCACAUACAGCAACCCAGCAAGCUUGGAUUUGGCUGUGAUUACUGCUUAUUUAAGGAUGGCAUCAAACCGAUGUGGGAGGAUGACAGAAAUAAACUUGGAGGAAGGUGGUUAAUGACACUUAACAAGCAGCAGCGACACAAUGAUCUCGACCGCUACUGGAUGGAGACUCUGUUGUGCUUAAUUGGUGAGUCCUUUGAUGAGGCAAGUGAAGAUGUAUGUGGAGCUGUAGUUAAUGUUCGACCAAAAGGGGAUAAAAUAUCCAUCUGGACAGGCAACUGCCAAAAUAGGGACGCUAUAAUGACGAUAGGGCAACAAUACAAAGAGCGCUUGAAUAUUCCCCUCAAAUGCCUAAUUGGAUACCAGUCCCAUGACGACACCUCUAGCAAAAGUGGCUCCACGACAAAGAACAUGUACUCAGUUUGAAUAAUCCCAUUUUCAUUUCGUAGGUUUAUAAAAUUAAAGAUUCACAUCACAUGAAUGUUUAAGUUUUCAUCUCCUCUAGUAUUCUUCCUUUUUAAAAUAAAAAGAACAAUGGUAAAUAUUUCAAUUCGUAGUGCUCCAUACUGAAUGAUCAGCGGUCAUGGUCUGACGCAUAGAAUACGUAAUAGUUUAGACCUGCGUCAGAAACUGGCUCAGCUAAAGCCAGAUAAUAUUUCAGAAUUCAAACAUCUAACUCAUCAAAGCUUUCUAGGUGAACAGUUCUAUUGCUUAGAUCAGAGAGACGCUGCUCUUUCCUUUAAACAUUGUAUCUCUUGCUAAUCUGAAUUGUAUGGGAAAAUUAUUAUAUGAACAGGAAAUAAAUAUUGACAGCUAAUUUUAUGGGCCACGACUAUUUUAACAUGCUUUAGUUGGUGUUUGGCAUGAGGAUUGCAGAGGCGCCUGCAAAGUGACUAUUGUAAAGUCUGAAAUUUCUAGUAGCAGACACUUAUAGUUUCAGCUAUGCUAAAAUUGUGGAGUCUUGUUUGUAGACCUGUGUUAGCCCCAACUAAAUUGCCGUUGGGCUACUUAAUUCGAGGAUGACUACAGAUCAAGUUUGUGUUUUUGUUAUUUUUUUUUCUUCAUUGUUUUUGUUUUAAAGUAGUUAGUAAUGUGAACUACUGCAUAACACUUACAGUAAAUUAUACAGCAAAUUGCUAAUCAUCCAUGCUUUCACGUGUGUUUCGACAUUUUUCCUUCCUACCAACAACAUUGUAAACAUCAUGAAGUUUUGCUUCACUCUGGAUAAACUCAAAUGAUAUUGUUUAUUGUGAAUUUCUUUAGCUCAGAAUAUAUCUUUAUCUGUAAUUUCAGGAUGUACCUAUAUUUCAAGUAAAGUUUAAGUGCUUCGCAUUAACAGAACUCUCUGUGCUUCUUCUCAACUCUCAGUCCAUGUGGUAUUAAUGAAAUCUGACGGGUGAGUUUGAAAUGUAUUAUUUUGUUAUUCAGUACAACAAAGCACAUUACAAUGCAAGUAAAACAAACGUUUUUUCCUUUUUUAACUUUACAUUUGUUGUUGGUAUAGUUCUAGUUUGCUAACAUUUGUUUUUUAAUUGAACAUGUACUGAUUACUGUAUUAUACCCCACCUAAUAUCCUCUGGCUCUUUCCAUAGCCACUUUACUCAGUAAAUGUUAUUUCCUUGACAUAUAUAUCAAUACCUGUUUGUAUACAAAUGUCACUGUGUAAAUACAGGUGGUAGUGAAAAUAAAAAGAAGAAU